UACCCAUAAGACCUUGCGAUAGUAAUCCAACAUGGAGUAUUUGGAAAAUCCUGUGAACGCUGCACCUCAGCACAAAAUUCUUUGUUGCCAAUGUGGUCUUCCAACUCCGCCGAACAGUGCAAACAUGUGUGUUGGAUGUAUUCGAUCACAAGUCGAUAUCACCGAAGGAAUUCCUAAACAGAGCACUUUAUACUUUUGUAAAAACUGCGAAAGAUAUUUACAGCCUCCUAAUAACUGGGCCUCAUGUGCAUUGGAAUCACGAGAGUUAUUGGCGAUAUGUCUAAAGAAGCUCAAAGGCUUGAAUAAGGUCCGACUUAUCGAUGCUGGCUUUGUAUGGACAGAGCCACACUCAAAACGAAUAAAAGUCAAACUUACAAUACAGAAAGAGGUGAUGAACUCUACAAUACUACAGCAAGUUUUUUUGGUGGAAUAUGUUGUCCAGGGACAAAUGUGUGAUGCCUGUCAUCGCCAGGCCGCACAGGACUUUUGGAAGGCUGUCGUUCAAGUCAGACAGAAGACAUCCCACAAGAAAACAUUUUUCUACUUGGAACAGUUGAUCAUCAAACAUAAUGUUCAUCAAAACACAGUCAAGGUUAAGCAAGAGUCAGAUGGUAUAGAUUUUUAUUAUGCAUCCAAACAAGAUGCAAGAAAGUUUGUCGAUUUUCUUCAGUCUGUUGUGCCGUGCAGAUUCAAGACAUCUGAAAAAUUAAUAUCACAUGAUAUUCAUAACAACACUUUUAACUACAAGUAUACUUUCUCUGUGGAAAUUAUCCCAAUUUGCAGGGAAGAGGUCAUUUGUUUGCCCUUGAAACUUGCGAGGUCGCUUGGCAAUAUUGGACAACUGGUGAUAUGCAACAGAGUUACGACAUCACUUCAAUUUAUUGAUCCUUCCACCCUUAAAACGGCAGAGCUGUUAGCUAAUAACUACUGGCGGCUGCCAUUUCAAAGCCUUGGCUCCUACAAACAUCUGACAGAGUACAUGGUCCUUCAAGUAGAACCUGUUGACCCAAAACUUCAGACAAUGGGGUCUACAACAAGUCUUAGUCAAAAGCAUGUGCUCGCAGACGUGUGGGUGGCCCGGAUGCAAGACAUGGGAAGCAAUGACCAACAGUUCCACUGUCGUACCCACCUUGGAUUGUUACUCAAGUCAGGAGAUACUGUACUAGGCUAUGACUUCAAAAACAGUAACAUCAAUGAUGAGAACUUGAAUAAGAUGAAAGCUGACAAGAUUCCUGACGUGAUACUUGUAAAGAAGUCGUAUGGUGACAAGAGAAAGAGACGUCGUGCUAGAAACUGGAAACUCAAGGUGCUGGAGAAAGAAAUAGGGGAUAUCAACCAGGACCAGUUUGAAAAGGAUUACGAUGAGUUUCUUGCAGACUUAGAAGAGGACAAAACUCUUAGACAGAAUGUCAACAUCUAUGUGGAUCGCGACCACAUGCCAGAGUCAGAUGCAGAGGAUGAAGAAAUCCCCAAAAUCAGCCUCCAGGAGAUGUUGGAGGAUCUCAAGCUAGAAGAUGCAGAGGGCGGCAUGGGAGAAGAGGCAGAGGAAGCGAUGGGUGUGGAGUGAUGAGGGUGCUAUAGAGGAGAGGAAGUGAUGGGUGUGGAGUGAUGCGAUUGCUAGAGGAAGCGAUGGGUUCGGAGUGAAUGGGUGCUAUAGAGGAGAGGGUGUGGAGUGAUGAGGGUGCUAUAGAGAAGACAAAGUGAUGGUGCAUUGUCUUACAUAAUAGUCUUUAUCACAAUGUCUUUAUAAUAU